AUGGCAUCUUCGAAAGGUCCAGCUUCGCCGGCGGUGAGAGUGGCGGAGAUGGAGAAGAUGAGCGUCGAACAACUCAAGGCGGUGAAGGAGCAAACGGAUCUCGAAGUCAAUCUGUUGCAGGACAGCCUCAACAACAUUCGCACCGCCACUACUCGACUCGAUCUCGCUUCCGUCGCCCUCCACGAUCUCUCCCUCCGUCCCCAAGGGAAGAAAAUGUUGGUCCCUCUCACUGCAUCGCUCUACGUGCCUGGGACGCUCGAUGAUUCCGAAAAGGUCCUAGUCGAUAUCGGCACUGGAUACUUCGUCGAGAAAACGACGGUCGAGGGGAAAGAUUAUUGCGAAAGGAAGAUCCACUUGCUGAAAUCGAAUUAUGAUCAGCUUCUCGAGCUUGCAUCUAAGAAAAAGACAGUUGCAGAUGAAGCUGGGGCUGUGUUACAAGCAAAGGUGAAACAGUUAGCACCCCAAACAUAG